AUGUCACGUUCAAAGGAGGCAAAUGAAUUUCUCACUAAUCUAACUAACUUGUUUGAUGCUCAAAGGGAAAGUUCAUAUGAAACGUUCGAAGUGAUCUUCAUUAUGAUUAUGACAGGAUCCAUCAAUUUGAUAACCAUCAUUGGAAACAUUCUGGUUAUUAUCUCAAUCAAAAUAAACAGACAUUUACGAACUAUUAACAACUACUUCCUUUUCAGCUUAGCCUGUGCUGAUUUGAUUCUUGGUCUGUUCACUAUGAACGUAUUCACCAUUUACACUGCAUUUGGAUACUGGCCUAUGGGCCCAGUUUUUUGUGAUUUAUGGCUUGUUGUAGAUUAUGUUGUGAAUAAUGUAUCUGGCAUGAACCUUCUUGUCAUCAGUUUUGACCGGUACUUCUGCGUGACAAAGCCCCUUAGCUACCCUGUGAUGAGAACAACUAAGAUUGCAGGGAUAAUGAUAGCAAUUGCUUGGGUGGUGCCCUUUUUCCUCUGGGCACCUGCCAUUGUUUUCUGGCAGUUUAUCAUCGGCAAGAGGACUGUUCCUGAGGGUGAGUGUUAUCCACAGCUCUUCUCAAAUCCAGCCAUCACUUUAGUCAUCGUUAUCGUUGUCUUCUAUCUCCCUGUUACAAUCAUGGUGACUUUGUACAUGCGCAUUUCUUGUGCCAGCAAGAGUCAAAUAAAGGGGGCUAAAAAAAUAUCUGAACCAAGAAAGGACUUCGGUUUUCCCAGUCUAUGGAAUGCCAAAAUGGUGAAACCAAGUACUAACAAUACAUCAAAUGGUUCUGGUGGGUUGCCCCAUGCCCAAACACAAAAUGCCAAAGUAGCCGCUGAAGCAACAAUUGAGAAAUGUGGGCAACAAGAAAGGAAUGAAACAUUCAUUGAGACAGAUUCUCUUGAGUUUGCAUCACCAAAUCAGAAGAAGGAAGGGGCAAUCCAGGAAAGUGCGAGUUUCUGCACUACACAAAGCCAGGUAAUAAGGGACCCGAUCAAAAUCGUUUCCAUGAAGAUAGUCAGCAACUCUCAAACUAGUGGCUCUACUUCCAUCAUAGCAGGAUUAGCGAUUGACAGUAGCAACAUGGAUAAUGAUAUCAGAGAGGUCAGAGCAGAUGAUAAGAUAAUUAAAAUGGCAAAGUUACCUACGAAUACCACGAAGGUAGCUGCAAAUCGAGACAAAACGGUAACUAGAACCAUCCUGGCUAUUAUUCUGGUAUUCAUCAUCACCUGGGCUCCAUACUUUGUUAUGGUGAUCAUUGCUACCUUCUGUCCAACCUGCAUCACCCGCACUAUUUGGAAUAUUGGAAACUGGGUCGUUUAUGUGAACAGUACCAUUAACCCAGCUUGCUAUGCAUUGUGCAAUGCCACCUUCAAAAAAACGUUCAAAAAUCUUCUUUUCUGUCAGUACAAAAACAUUGGCACAACAAGAUAA